ACCACAGUAUCUUUAAAUACACUGCCAGCUACGUUUCUCUUUAACUUGUAUUAUAACCAUGGAAAAAUAUUUAUCCGUAAAAGAUUUAGAAAAUGCAGCUAUUGAAUUGUUGCCUAAAGCAGCAAGAGAUUAUUAUAGGAGUGGUGCAACUGAGGAACAGACAUUGAACGAGAACAGAAAAGGCUUUCAAAGGUUACGUAUUCGACCAAAAUGUUUAAUAGGAGUUGAUAGUACCGAUCUACGCACCACUGUAUUAGGACAUGAAGUUUCAAUGCCUAUCGGUAUAUCUCCCACAGCUAUGCAACGAAUGGCCCAUCCUGAUGGAGAACUUGCUAAUGUUAAAGCUGCACAAGCUGAGAAAACAAUCUAUACACUCAGCACUAUAGCAACAAGUUCCAUAGAGGAAGUUGCAGAAGCUGCGCCUCAUGGAAUCAAAUGGUUUCAGCUAUACAUUUAUAGUGAUAGGAAUGUUACCAAAAAAUUGGUGUUAAGAGCAGAAAAUGCCGGUUACAGCGCAAUUGCCCUAACUGUGGACACACCACUAUUUGGGAUUCGAAGAGCAGAUGUUCGAAAUCGAUUUACAUUGCCACCACAUUUAAAGCUUGCAAAUUUUGAAGGUGAACUAGCAAAUAAAAUUAACAAAUCCGAAAGUGGUAGCGGUUUAACGGAGUAUGUUAAAAAUUUGUUUGACAAGUCGUUGACAUGGGAUGACAUAAAAUGGUUAAAGAGUAUAACUAAAUUACCUAUAAUAGCUAAAGGUAUUCUGCGAGGUGAUGAUGCUGUGAAAGCUAUUGACGCGGGAUGCUCUGCCAUUUUGGUUUCAAAUCACGGCGCCAGACAAUUAGAUGGAGUGCCAGCAACGAUUGAAGUUUUACCUGAGAUUAUUGAAGCUGUUACAAAUUACAACGUUGAAGUAUAUUUAGACGGUGGCGUUAUGACGGGUACAGACGUUUAUAAAGCGUUAGCACUUGGAGCAAAAAUGGUUUUCGUGGGGCGUCCGGCACUUUGGGGCUUAGCAGUAGGUGGUCAGGCAGGAGUGCAAAGGAUGUUAAGCAUAUUCCGCAAUGAACUUGAACAUACGUUCCAAAUAGCAGGAACACCUACAGUUGCUGAUAUAACAAAAGAUAUGGUUCGGCAUGAAUCAGCUUAUUGCAAGCUGUGAAGAUUUAAAUUUACCCACUUAAACCAAUAAUAAAUUAAUUUAUAGUGAUGUAAAUAUGUCAUAAAUUUUUAAUUACAAAUGUAUUUAUUAAACAAUAGAAGUUGAACUUGAA